CAAGAGGAGACCCAGAAACACGGCUGGGAUAUCUCUAAUGGACAGAGCUGAACAACACACCUGGCACUCUUAUGUCCUGCUAAGAGAUAUCCAUUCACUGCGGUACUGCUUAGCUCUCAGCAGCCUCAGAGUCCUGUCUGAUGGGCUCAGUGUCCGUUAGUCCAUAUACACCCAUAAAGCUGUGACUUACUAGAAAUGGUUGAUACAGAUUUUGCUCUGGAGCCCGGCCUCGUAGCACACCGAGCACCUCGAGACGUUUGGCACGGCUGGGAGGAAUCCAGCUGCCUACCAACGCUUCCCAAGACAACAGUUAAGAGCAGAACAGUCAGUCGGUGGCAGAGGCCCCUCCAGGCUCACCCUGCCAGCACCAGAUCCCCACAGCUCAGCACGGAGCGCCCUGCUGGGAGGUGUGUUGUUCUGCACAGCAGCCCUGUGCUCUUGCAGGGUUCUUUGGCGCAGUGCUCACCCGAGCAGUUCCACUGUUCGGAGCCGCGCGAUCCCCAGAUCGACUGCUACCCGCUGGAGUGGCUCUGCGACGGGCAUCCCGACUGCGACGAUGGACGGGACGAGUGGGGCUGCGGAGCGAGCGGGAGCCCCGCGGUGCCCACCGCCGGCGGCACAGAGACUUCAGCUGUCCCUGCGCCUGGGCGUGCUCUGCCAUCCAGGAACCAGGGCCGCAUGUGGAUGCUGAUCGUUGCAGUGCUCCUGAGCUGCCUGGUAGCUGUGGGUGGUAUUGCUGCAUGGGGGAAGUCCAAAGCAAAAAGCAGGUCUGACAUCUUCGGUCUCGAAAGCGUAUCCAGGGAGCAGUUGGUGCCUGACAAGAGCCAGGCAGACUUGUUCUCCUGAGAGGUAAGUUCUUUGCCCCCCCACGGGAGGGAGCAGUGAUCCUGCCCUGCGUUUCUAGCAGUAGAGCUUUCCCCUCGGGUAGCUUUUCCCAGCUCUCCCUGCUGCUGCUCAGCCCCACACCUGUGGUUUCAGUUUGCCCUGAAGCAGCAGAACUCUCCCCUUCCUUCCUCACUACCGGAUAUGAGAGCCCUAUUUUGGCUGCAGGGAUCACUGCACGACAUACUGUGAGAAGGUGCUGCCUUCUUUCAGUACUCUUAUGUCCUUCCUUUGCUGCUGAGGGCUCUGAGCGCUCAUGCCAAAACAUUUCCUGGUGUGGGUUAUUUCCCAAACUUCUUGCAAUCUGAAGUAAAACUGGAUUCCAUGGCAAAAAGGCUGCCAGCAGCCACGUGGUUUUGUUUCCUGUCACAGGGAUCUUUCACUGUGAGGUGGUAAGAUGGGACUGAACUGCUCUCCCUGCUGCUGACCGUGGAACCUGGCUGAAUUUGGACACGAGCUCUCGAAUCUGGUUUGCUGUUACACUCGGAUGCUCCCAUUGCAGAUGAGUCCUGGAUGGUGGCACUGUGCCGCUUGAAAUAGGACAGGGCCUUCCCCAGUGCUGUGAAAUCUCCCCCUUAAAGGUGACAGGAAUUCCCUCACUCUUUUUGCCUAUAAGGAUUAGUAAUGCUGCUUCUCAUCACCGUGGCCUUCGACCUAAAGGUUUAAUUCUCAAUGAAGGUGCAGUGCCAGGUGCUGUUCUGCCGCCCCUCUCAGAGCUCACUGAACCCACACACAUCACAUGCGUACUCCCCGAGCCUCCUUUUGCUUGGAGGCUUUGAGUGUUUGGUGUCUUUUGCUUUCAGCUUGAAGUAAUGAGUUCCAUGCUGUCAGCUCUGCUUUGUCAGCUCUGCUCUGCAGCUGUUUCUGCGUGGCUCUGUGCUGUUUGUGGAACUGACAGUGUUGGAGUUGUGUUGUGUGACCCAACAGCAGCUCAGCACCAUACAGCCCCUCCUUCCAAGCGGGGGGGGGGGGGGGGGGGGGAAGAGUAAUUAUAAUAAUAUAUAUACAUAUAUAUUUACAAGACAAAUGAUGCACAAUGAGUUGCUCAGCACCUGCUGGCCGAUGCCCAGCUGAAGCAAAAACACAGCAUCAUACCAGAUGCUAAGAACCCCCACCCUGUCCCAGCUGAAAGCAGGGCAGCAGAUUACUGACCUGUGCCUCUAAUUCAGUGCUGACCUCUGUCUCGUGUGCUCCUUGCCAAGGGCUCAGUGAGUGCACAGAGGAUACAGAGCUGCUCUGUGCUGUUGGGCUGAGAAGACGCUGCCCGUAAGCCUCAGAGCAGAGCAUUGUGCUCGUGUGUAGUGUGUAAGUGUGCAGCUGUAACCCAUGGCAUCAGCUGGGCACAUUGCAGCAUCAGUGUUUGUUGUACCAAGAGGUUGUAUGCACGACCUUCCCUCCGUUCCCAGAGGGACAAAUAGAGGUAGCUGUUGGGGAACGAUAGGGGAGAAUAAAGAAUGGGAAGCUGGAAUGACUUCUGAA